AACUUUGCGGCGUUGUCACAUCAGUAGCCGCUGCACAGAUUUUUUUUUUUUUUUUAGUAAAGAGACAACUUUUCCACAGCAGCGUCUCGUCACGAGCCACCACUUUGUUUCGGUCGUAUUUCUUUUAAUUUAUUGUCGCAAUGCACGGGCUCGCCUGCCUCCCCGCCGCCCUGCUUGCCUUGCUGCUGUCCGGCUGCGCUCCUGCUCGGGCAUACUUUGCGGAGGAGCGCUGGAGCCCCGAGUCUCCGCUCCUCGCUCCCCGGGUCCUCCUCGCGCUCAUCUGCAGAAACUCCGAGCACUCUCUGCCGUAUUUCCUCGGUACUAUCGAGCGCCUCAACUACCCCAAGGAGCGUAUGGCUUUGUGGGUAGCAACUGAUCAUAACAAGGACAACACCACAGACAUGCUGCGUGACUGGCUUGUCAAGAUGCAGAGCCUCUACCAUUAUGUGGAGUGGAGGCCAAAAGAAGAACCCGAACAUUAUCAGAAUGAAGAUGGUCCGAAGCAAUGGGGAGACCUCCGUUAUGAGCACGUUAUGAAGCUACGGCAAGUAGCACUGGAGUCAGCUCGUGAGAUGUGGGCGGACUACUUUAUGUUGGCGGACUGCGAUAACCUCCUCACCAACCCCAAUGUGCUCUGGAAGCUCAUGAACGAGAACAAGACCAUCAUCGCACCGAUGCUUGAAUCCCGUGCAGCCUAUUCAAACUUCUGGUGUGGGAUGACCUCCCAGGGUUACUAUAAGCGCACUCCUGCCUACAUACCCAUAAGAAAGCAGUUGCGCAAGGGCUGUUUUGCAGUUCCCAUGGUCCACUCUACUUUCUUGAUAGACCUUAGGAAAGAGGCGUCCAGGCAGCUGGCCUUCCACCCGCCGCACUCAGAAUACAGCUGGGCUUUCGAUGACAUCAUUGUGUUUGCAUUCUCCGCUCGGAUGGCAGAUGUUCAAAUGUUUGUAUGUAAUAAAGAGACAUAUGGUUACUUCCCUGUGCCACUGAGAUCCCACAAUACUUUGCAAGAUGAAGCUGACAGCUUCUUGCACUCCUUGCUCGAGGUUAAUGUUCGAAAUUCCCCAGUGAUGCCUUCCAAAUACAUACGUGUACCUAGAAAACAACCUGACAAACUGGGCUUUGACGAGGUGUUCAUGAUAAACCUGCAGAGGCGGACCGACCGCCGAGAACGUAUGAUGAGCGCAUUGGACAAGCAGGGGAUUACUUGUAAGGUCAUUGCAGCUGUUGAUGGAAAAGCAACGAAUAUCAGUGAAAUUCAUACUAUGGGCAUCCACAUGCUCCCUGGAUAUAAUGACCCCUAUCAUGGUCGCCCGCUGACAAAGGGAGAGCUGGGAUGCUUCCUUUCUCACUAUAAUAUCUGGAAAGAGAUUGUGGAGAGACGCCUGGAGACCUCCCUCGUGAUUGAAGACGACCUGCGCUUCGAGAUCUUCUUCAAACGACGCUUGAAGAACUUGAUGAUGGAGGUGGAGGACGAAGGAUUGGACUGGGAUCUCAUAUACAUUGGUCGGAAGAGAAUGCAAGUGGAUCACCCCGAGAAAGCUGUGCCUAAUAUACACAACUUAGUGGAAGCAGACUAUUCCUAUUGGACGCUAGGCUAUAUGAUGUCAUUACAAGGUGCAGAGAAGCUUUUGAAAGCAGAACCACUUAAGAGGAUUUUGCCAGUAGACGAGUUUCUUCCGAUCAUGUUCAAUAAACACCCUGUGUCUGAUUAUAUGGAACAGUUUAAAACCAGGGACCUGAAGGCAUUUUCAGCCGAGCCUCUUCUUGUGUAUCCGACUCACUACACGGGCGACACGGGCUACAUCAGCGACACUGAGACCUCCACAGUGUGGGACAACGACAAGAUCCGUACGGACUGGGACCGAGCACGCUCAGGAAAAACUGGGGAGCAGGCUGAGAUCAGCACUGAGGCCCAGAACUCGGAUGUGCUCCAGUCGCCUUUGGAUAGUACGGCGCGGGACGAGCUAUGAGAGGAACUGAAUGAGCCUCUCAAUGUUUUUUUGUUUUUUUAACAAACCACCAUGUUUCAACUUCUAUACUUUUUGAUUUGGCAUCACAGCAGGGAUGUGACAUCAGAGUUUGUAGGAGGAUUUAAUUCAUCCAGAUGUGACGAGUUAAAAAGGGGGAACAGGUGUGUCUUUAUGUUAUCCGUGUUUAGUUUUUACUUUUUAAAGGCACUAGACUUGCCAUUUGGAGUGGCAUUUGCAGUACCCAACUUCUGUCUGUCAUACAGAAAUUAACCUUUUAGCAAAGAAUGCAAUUGGAUGUAACAUUUCAGUCAUCAAGCAGUUAACUUUGUCCUAAUUUGAGUUUAUACUGUGAAAUGCUUAUUUUUUUAUUUUUUCUCUCUAAAUAUUUCAAGAUGACAAACGAAAUCAAGACUUUUGCAGACAUUUAAUGUCUUCAAUCAAAACGGAAUCAUUCUAAAUGUGUUGUGGUCCAAGAGGAGAAACAUCUGCAUGUCUUUUGCUUUGAUCUUUAGUAUUUUUUUUUUUCUACACUUUAUAUAGCUGUGUUUUAAAUAAUCAUAAGCCAACACUUAAGAUGCUUGCAGUAGAGCUUUACCAAAGCACAGUUGCACUCAACUCAGAAUCACAGAUUUACAGACGGCUGAAGAGUACACACCAACGCUGUUCAUUAUUUCUGUGUCCCUUGCUUCCAUAAUAAUGCCGCCAACCCGUUGUUGACGUGGUUACAGACGGGACAAACCAUUGUACACGCCUCACACUUGGUGGCUUGGGAGUGACAUGGUUAUAAAUGCCCUCGAAAAAGAACCCACCCAACCACAUCCAAGCACACAUUAGUCUCCACCUCUUACUUCUUUUUAGUUAAACCUCAAUCUGAGCAAAUUGGGUGAGUGAAAAGCCCCUGCAAAAGAAUAUAAACAACAUAAAGUCUGUAUCGAGUUACAUUUUACAGAUAACGUAUUUAUUCUGUUGUGGUUUUGCCUCCCAUGGCUUUACACUUUAUGGAAUCUCCCAGGAAGUUGAUUUUUGUAGUAUUAACGGGAGUUGUUCACCCUUUCUUGCACGAAAAAUGAUUGCCAACAAAAAAUAAAACGUUUUAUUU